AGCUGAGAAUCGGCAAAAAAUGUCAAAUGAUGCAAAACGUGUAGCUUAGUUUUUGGAGUGAUUUUUAUGCUUGCUCUCUAGCGAAAUUCUUGUUAAAUAUGGUAAAGAUUACGAAGUUCAGGAAAUAAAAUACCAAGACUUAGCCUGAGUGUUUAAUUUUUAACAAUAGCUGUGUUUUUCUGCAUAGCAGAAAUUAGUGAAACGAUAAGCUGCUAACCCCAAUUUUUUGCCAACAUGUACGAUUUAAAACCAAUUCUGAAACCGGUGGACAUCGAGCUUCCCACUUGCAUGUACCCGAUGAAGCCUAUUAUCGACGUUACCAGCAGCGGCCAACUGCCGGCUGUUUUCCAUAGCACGGAAGAAUUACCCGAAAUUAAAGCUUUGGAAGCGAAGCAAGAAAAAGUCCUGAAACAGCUGGCUGAACUCCGCGAACAGUUAGUCUCCAUGCGAACGGAUUUAAAACUCUGCAACAAACCGGCACAAUCAAGUUCCACAGCGCCCGCGCCCUCGCAGAGCACAUCAAAAAAACAGUCGGUGAAGAAAAUAGAACCAAUCAACCUUUCUUUUCUGCAAGAUUUCGUGGUGAAUGCCAGUCCGGAGUACAUCCCCUACGGGUUAUUGGCCCUCAAAAAACUUUGGAUCAAUCGGCUAAAUCUGCAUGUUGGAUGUUUUACGCAUUCAACUAUCUCGAAACUAAGCGAAGAAGCGAUCAGUUUUCAAAACAACAUUACUUCCCUCAAGCCUCUUGACGACAAGCUUCCAAGCAUUAACGUUACUCUAAUAUGGAAAAACGUUGGAACCUACACUGAAAUGAUAACCUCUCCGACCGCUUACGUCCCAAUAUGUGGUGAGGUAAACAUUCUCCGAUUCCUGUCCCGUUGUGGUCCAAGCGAAUUCAACUACGAGCGAUACGAAGAUGUAAACGAGGUGGAUUCUAUCCUUGACGCUUGCUACUUGCUAAUCAACAAACAGAACGUAAAAGACAAGAAGCUAGUUCUCAAAACUUUCAACUCCAAGCUGGGAAAAACUCCUAGUUUCGGCGGAGCAGACAUUACCUUGUGUGAUAUCGCAGCUACCAGUGCGAUCAAGCAGGUGCAAAAGGCUCUCGCCAAGGAUAUCAACCCAAACAUAACGAAACUAAUGACGCGAGUUUCUGUUGCCGUCGGAAUCUAGAAACUGCUGCUGCAAUAUUUUUAAUCAAGCCAAGUGUUCUGCGUUUCAUUUAAUUUCAUUUUAUGCUUCAUCAUUUGCGCAAAUUAAAUAAAAAAUUGU